AUGUCGAGGAUACAGGUUUUUCUUUACUUUGUAUUCUUCAUGGCAUGUUCGGCUCUCACUACAAAAAAGAAGAUUCGCGAUAUCAAGAUAGGAACGCUGCACCGCAAGGAAACAGAGAGCCUUCUUCACGCCUUAGAAUAUGUCUUUGAUUACGUACUUCCAAGGAAGCUACAGUUAGAAACACUCAGGUUCAGUUUGAUUCACGUCAAGGUUGAUGGCAAAGAUCUUCUUUCCAAGGAUGUGAUAUCUACACUGUCCCAAGUUGUAACCAUCAUUGACUUGGAAUGUAAGAACAAGGAGGCUUUAGCUCUAAGUUCCCUACUUUAUGUCCCGAUAAUAAAAGUGGACGCCUUAGAAGAUAGCUCUGUGCACAAGUUUUCUAUGUCUAUGAGACCGUCUUAUCACGUCGCAAGUCAGGCCUUGUUUGAUGUCAUGGAUUUCUUUGAGUUCUCCAGAGUAGCGGUGGUGUAUGAUGCCCGGAAAACCAGAGAAGCAUCUUACUUUUACGCCAAAGCGCAACGCUGGUCACGCUUUAAUAUUGAAAUGAUACCGGAACUUAUUGUGACCGACAAAAGGCAGACAAGAAACGCUCUAACUGCACUACGCAAGUCGCAUAUCAAAGAACUCGUCUUGUUUUGCGAUCAUAGAGACCUGCCUGGCAUUAUGAAUGAGGCGCUGUUUGUUGGAAUAAAUGACAAGGAAUNAGCCAUGUACGCAUCAGUGCAUGACGCUGCACUCGCUGUGGCAACAGCGGUGCACAAUUUAAUGAACAGUGGCCGCGAGGGUAUGAAGUCAAUGGAUUCCCAUUUCACUGAUAGUGAGUGUCCUUUACGAAGUGCGUCAGCUUGGCAUGGGGGACUAGGUUGGAAGCUUCUGCAUCAGCUCAAAAAGGUGAAGUUUCAAGGUCUUACCGGCGAGGUGCAAUUCAACUUGGUUACGGGCGAGCGACGAGUUCACAGCGGUCUGGACAUUUUAAACGUUCUUGAACACAACGUAGAAAAGAUCGGCUCGUGGCAGCCGGAACCUGGAAUGAAAGAACAUCGCGUGUCAUUACAGGACAAAACGCCCCGGUGGGUGGGGGACUUCGCUGAAUUUGUCAAGUGCCACAAUCCGGGGAAUCUUCAGCCCCAGGAGCCAGAGGCCAUCCCAGUGUUGAAAGUUACAACUGUUUUGGAGCCGCCGUUUGUCGAGAAAGUAAAUGAGUCAAUGCCUUUACCAACCGGCAGAGUUCCUAAAAAUCUUCUUCAAGGCUUCUGUAUGGAUUUGAUCAAGGAAUUGUCGAAAGAAGCAAACUUCGACUACGAGAUUUAUUUGCAUAAAAGCUAUGGAGGAAUGGUGGAGGAGCUGAAAAAGAAGGCCAUGUACGCAUCAGUGCAUGACGCUGCACUCGCUGUGGCAACAGCGGUGCACAAUUUAAUGAACAGUGGCCGCGAGGGUAUGAAGUCAAUGGAUUCCCAUUUCACUGAUAGUGAGUGUCCUUUACGAAGUGCGUCAGCUUGGCAUGGGGGACUAGGUUGGAAGCUUCUGCAUCAGCUCAAAAAGGUGAAGUUUCAAGGUCUUACCGGCGAGGUGCAAUUCAACUUGGUUACGGGCGAGCGACGAGUUCACAGCGGUCUGGACAUUUUAAACGUUCUUGAACACAACGUAGAAAAGAUCGGCUCGUGGCAGCCGGAACCUGGAAUGAAAGAACAUCGCGUGUCAUUACAGGACAAAACGCCCCGGUGGGUGGGGGACUUCGCUGAAUUUGUCAAGUGCCACAAUCCGGGGAAUCUUCAGCCCCAGGAGCCAGAGGCCAUCCCAGUGUUGAAAGUUACAACUGUUUUGGAGCCGCCGUUUGUCGAGAAAGUAAAUGAGUCAAUGCCUUUACCAACCGGCAGAGUUCCUAAAAAUCUUCUUCAAGGCUUCUGUAUGGAUUUGAUCAAGGAAUUGUCGAAAGAAGCAAACUUCGACUACGAGAUUUAUUUGCAUAAAAGCUAUGGAGGAAUGGUGGAGGAGCUGAAAAAGAAGGAAAAAGACAUUGCUCUUGCUCCUAUCACGAUAACGGCAGAGCGCGAGUUGGUUAUUGACUUCAGCAAGCCAUUUAUGGACUUCAGCAUGAGUCUGAUCAUGCAGAAACCGGGAGAACCGCCCAUUAACAUAUUCGCUUUUCUUCUGCCUUUUAAUGGUGGCGUAUGGUUUUCUACUGUCGGAGUGGUCAUCGGCAUGACAGUAAUGAUGUUUGUUAUCGACUAUUUGAGCCCCUUCGGUUACCGUGCCCGAGCUCGAGAAUCAGAUGAAGAGCCUGGAAAUGAGUUCAACCUGUUGAACAGCCUGUGGUUCGCUACAGCUUCCGUUCUGCAGCAAGGUCCGGACAACACCCCUCUGGCGCCUUCUGGUCGGCUGUUAGCUUCUGCCUUCUGGUUUUUUAUAAUGAUACUAAUAUCAACUUACACAGCAAACCUUGCUGCUUUCUUUACCAUAAAACGAACCGUGAAAACUAUUAACUCCCUGGAGGAACUGGAGAAUCAAAACGAGACUAAAUACGGAGUUCUCAGCAAUGGCUCUGUGCAGAAGUUCUUCAAGGAAUCGGAAGAUCCUCUUUAUCUAAAAAUGUUCUCGCAUAUGAGGGAGCACCAGACAUUCGUGAAUGCUACUUCAGAGGGCGUUAAGAAAGCGAGGAACGAAAACUACGCCUACAUAACUGAACAGCCCUACCUGGAAUACUACAAUCAGCAAAAACCGUGCAAUACAAGGUUGCUGAACAACCUUCUACAAGCCAAGGGCUAUGGGAUUGGCUUGCAGCAGAAUUCGCCCUACACAAACAGAAUUUCUGUGGCAAUUUUAGCGUUACGUGAGAGAUACUUUAUCGAGAGGACUCGUCGAAAAUGGUGGGAUGAACGUAGCCAGUGUCCAAAACCAUCACAGUCCAAAACAGGGAAAACACAGAGUCUUGAUGUCAAUAACAUGGCCGGAGUGUUCCUAGUUUUGUUGGGUGGUGUCAUUAUCUCCUUAAUCCUACUCGUUAUUGAAAUACGCUGCAAGAGGUUGGUUGUGUACUUCACAAGUAGCCAGAGUGCCCUUAAGCGACGGCUGAGUCGUAGUUGUGAGCCACGUGAACAGUCAAGCGUUCCCAAGGCGAUUCCGGUUCGAGUGGCUGUGGUGUUGUCCCAGGGAGACAAGGUGCUAAGACGAACUGAGGAAAAACCCACAUCAACCUCUUGGAAUAAGUUGUUUGGAAGAGGCUGAAGUGUCCCAAAGAUGAAGAUGAGGAUUACGCAUACGAAACAAUAGAUGUAAAGUUAAUAUGCUGAGCCUGCUAUGAACUUUAAAAAGCGAUCAAUCCUCCUCAACAAAGAAGUGGGCGCUCGCAUCUAAAGAGCUUAUUACCGCUAAAAAACUACACGAAUUGACUUGCGUUGCUAGACUUGUACUCAUUUCAUCGAGCAACACACAAAGGCUUUACAAUGGAAACUAGCAAGUGCCUCUGCAUGUAAUUUUUGUGGUUGCUUUCUUCUCGAGUUCUGAACAUCUUGUUCAGCAGUUUCAACAUAAUCGAAACGUAAGUAAGGUGGUAAAAGAUAAUGGAAGAAACCAGCGCUUGAAGUGGGCCACAUUCUCUAUGGAAUUAUUUAUGAACUUGAACCAAGAGAUUAUUAAGGUAAGAGAGUGAAUCCCUCAUAUAGGCCUUAUGCCAUAGGUA